AUGUGGAGUAUGAGUGCAUGUUUAGGAGAAGUAAAAACCAAUAGUAAGAUAUACGCAAUGGACAUAUACAAUGAACAUUUAGUAGCAGGACUAGCAGAUAAAACAAUAAAGUAUGUCAAUCUUAAUACAAAUGAUAUGAAGGUAAUAAGACCAGAUAAUUUAGAUCACAAUAUAAGAUCAAUAUCAGUGACAGUAGAUUCAGGUUAUAAUGCACCUCCAUUGGUAUCAGUAGGUGAUGUGGUAGGUAAAGUAAUGAUAGUUAAUAUCAUGUCAGAUAAAACAGAGAAUAAUGUUAAACUACAUAGAAUUGAUAAGAAGUGUUAUGCCACUAAUAAAGUUGGAUUUGUGCCAGAUAAAACAAAUAUUGUUGUAUCAGGUGGUUCAGAUGGUAAAUUUGUAAUUUUUAAUAGAAAUAGAAGACUUAAUGUUUAUUCUAAUUCAUUUAAUUCACCAAUAUCUGAUUUGAGAGUUACUAAAGAUUGUAUUGUAUUUGCUACUGGUUAUGACUGGUCAAAAGGCUAUCAAAGUAAUGUUUCUCCUAUUGAAAUUAAAUUUAUUGAUUCCAGUAAAUUAAAACUUGAAUAA